UAUAAUCAUGUUAUAAAUCUGAAAAGACCUACCUCUCAGCUGUCUAAAAUGUUCAUAAAUUAACAAUAAGCUGGGAACCAAUUAAACAAAAUGGCUGCGCCCUUGACGAAGUGUCUUGUUUCCUGUUUUAAUGUUUCAAAAUUUUCUCUCGAGAGGUCUGUUAUUCCCUGCCUUUGUCAGCCCUACAGAGGGAAGAAAACCAAGUCUGGUGGCUCUGUUCGGAAUCAGAACACUGGCACAAGGGGAAAAGACCGGGGCCCAAAGAAGUAUGAUGGGAUGUUUGUGUACAAGGGAGAUGUAUUGCACACACAGUAUGGACUGACCAUGUAUCCUGGAGAAAAUGUUGGUAUUCUGAGAAACAACUCAUUGUUUGCAUUAACGGAUGGAAUCGUAAAAAUAUCAUGUGAGAAACUGCAGCCUUUCCCUAAUAGUCCUCUGUACCAGAGGGUCCAGAAUGGCAUGACGAUCUACAAGAAAUUCUACAACAUCUACCCUACUCCUUUGCAUGCAAAAUUCAAGCUUGUUUCUGAAAGCUGAUGAAAAAGAGAGAUAUGGUGUGGUGAAACCAAUCAGACAGGCAGAUCAAAAAGAUUUUAUUGCAAGAUGUUUUCCGCAAUCUGGAGGGCAAUUAUUGAGGAUCAUAAUGAUAUAAAUUCAUGAUACACAUGUAAUAUUCAAUGGUCUUUAUUUAACACAUUACUAUUUUAUUGAAACAAUAAAUAAUUAACAUGA